UUCGGUUUCCACGGUGACGGCAGUCAACAACUUUAGUUUUACAGUCAUGGGAUUUUGAUACAGUCUUCAAAAUUAACCAGUUUUUUUAUAUAAAUUUAUUUCUCACCAUUUCUUGUGAAUGAUACCUGCAAAAUCUUCAGUUUAUAUUCUUGGCCAAUUUGUUUAGAAAUUUUUGUCAAAAUGCGUGAGUGUAUAUCAGUGCAUGUCGGUCAAGCCGGAGUCCAAAUGGGAAAUUCCUGUUGGGAAUUAUACUGCUUAGAACAUGGAAUAGAACCUGAUGGCAAAAUGCCUCCUGAUAAAAAAAUGACAUACUCGAGCGACUGCUUUAACACAUUUUUUAACGAAACCAGCAGUGGAAAAAUGGUGCCUCGUGCUGUAAUGGUGGAUUUAGAACCAACAGUUGUAGAUGAAGUACGAGUGGGACUCUACAAGCAUCUUUACCACCCUGAGCAGCUUAUAACUGGCAAAGAAGAUGCAGCAAACAAUUAUGCAAGAGGACAUUAUUCCAUCGGCCGAGAAGUGAUUGAUGGUGUAAUGGACAGGAUUCGAAGAUUGACUGAUUUAUGUACGGGUCUCCAAGGCUUUUUUGUUUUCCAUUCCUUUGGCGGUGGUACCGGUUCCGGAUUCACUUCCCUCUUGAUGCAAAGACUAUCCGACACUUAUGGAAAGAAGAGCAAGCUUCAAUUUGCAAUUUAUCCCGCACCUCAAGUAUCAACCGCUGUCGUUGAGCCCUACAAUGCAAGUCUCACUACCUAUUCCACAAUCAGUCAUUCGGAUUGUGCUUUUAUGGUCGAUAACGAGGCCAUAUACGAUAUUUGCCGAAGGAAACUGGGAAUCGAAAGACCCAGCUACGCCAAUUUGAACAGACUCAUCAGCCAAGUGGUUUCAUCUAUAACGGCUUCUUUGAGAUUUGACGGUGCCCUGAAUGUCGACUUGACCGAAUUCCAAACGAAUCUGGUGCCUUAUCCCAGGAUCCACUUUCCUCUUGCGACCUACGCACCUGUUGUCUCUGCUGAUAAAGCUUUCCAUGAAGGAAUGACUGUUGGAGAAAUCACCGCAGAGUGUUUUGAACCAGCAAACCAGAUGGUGAAGUGCGAUCCAAGAGAAGGGAAAUAUAUGGCUUGUUGCCUUCUUUAUCGAGGAGAUGUGGUGCCUAAGGAUGUCAAUGCCGCAAUCGCAGCUAUGAAAGGGAAAAGCACUAUUCGAUUUGUGGAUUGGUGUCCAACUGGGUUCAAAGUCGGGAUCAACUAUCAGCCUCCUACUGUUGUUCCGGGUGGAGACUUAGCGAAAGUUCAACGAGCAGUCUCGAUGUUAUCCAAUACGACAGCCAUCGAAGAAGCUUGGGCCAAAUUAAAUCACAAAUUUGAUUUGAUGUACAAUAAGAGGGCUUUCGUGCAUUGGUACGUUGGAGAAGGUAUGGAAGAAGGUGAAUUUAACGAAGCCAGAGAGGAUCUCGCAGCUCUUGAACGCGAUUAUGAAGAAGUCGCUCUUGAAUCCCCAUCAACCCCAGAUGCUUCUUCAGAGUACUGAUCACUUCAAAAAGGAAGAAAACCUUGAAAAAUCAAUACCAAAAAGAAGUUUUCUAGAAAAUAUAAAUAUUAUAAAGCAUCUGUGCGAAACUCUCUGAAACUAAGCUAUAUAGGAGAAAUUUUAUGGGGAAAACCUUCCUACAGUGAAUAGUAUAACCUUCAAUGGAUAAUUAUUAAUUAAAAAUACUCAUGAAAAAUAAUUAACUUAAUUUAUUGAAUAGUCAAGAGGCUAUACGUGUUAAUCAAUUAAAAUUUUUUCUUUUAUUUGUGCUAUUGAUUAAUGAUUAUCCACUGUUGGUAGCAUUAUCCACUGUGGGGAGGUUUCCUCUAAAGGUAUCUACAAUCAAUGAAAUGGUAGAAAAAGUGUAUCAGUAGUUACCUAGCUUUUUAUAAUAAUUUACAAACUAGACUGAUAU